CACUGUUGCUCUGAGUCGGCAGAGACCGUCAGCGAGCUCCCGCUCCUCGUCUUUGACUCAUAUCUCCACACCAAGACAAGGGUUUGACGGCCGUGCGGUGCACGUUAGUUCUCGUCCCUGCUGGUCGGGGUACGAGUAGGGAGCUGGUCUCACCUAACAGAUGUGUCUGGCACACUCCAGUAUAUUUAUUCUGUCAGAAACACACAGAUCCAAGUGAGCCUCAUGGAAGUGUUGGAAGGAUACAGAGGGCAGCCGAUGAGGGCUGAGGGUUUUGUGAAGGAGUUUACACGCCACUCUAAUGAUGUGCUGCUGAACCUGAACGAGCUGCGGCACCGAAGCAUCCUCACCGACACCAUCCUGGUGGUGGGAAACGUGCACAUGCGUGCACACUGUGCUGUGCUGGUUGCAUGCAGUGGAUUCUUCUACACUCUGUACUCCCGCCGGGUGUUGCAUCAGGGGCGGGGCGGCAGCGAGGAGCAGCCCAUAACUGUGUCUCUCCCAAACACCUUGGAUCCCUCGUGUGUGUCCCUGCUGCUGGAGUUCAUGUACACGUCCCGCCUCCCUCUGACUCAGAGCAUGGUGUCCGGAGUCCUGGCUGUCGCUGCCUACCUGCAGAUGGACCACGUGGCUGAUACCUGCAGGGAUUUCAUGCAGCUGCACUGCACAGAUAAUAUAAAUACUGGAUACCCCCAGUUGGAGCUGGACUCCAGGGUAUCUGUGGCCUCUGUUGCCCUCAAAGAAGGGGAACUGCCACAUCUAGGCAUCCAGCGAUCACUCCCAGGACAAACAAGGUUCCCUGUUGUUGUGCAGGGUUCUCUCAAGCCGGGGCCUUUCCUGCCCUGCCAGCCCGGGUCAGGCGAGGUGAAGGAAGAUCCAGAGUCACCGCUCCUGGGCAGCCCCACUCCGUCUCCAAACAGCCCCACCCGCUCCAGCUGCCAGCCCAACUCUCCCGCCGAGUCCAACACCUGCAUCAAAAACCUCCAGAGUGACACCAAAACCACACCGGACCCAAAGGCCUGCAACUGGAAGAAAUACAAGUAUAUUGUCCUGAACCCUCUCUGCACCGCUGCGAUGGUGAAAGUAGAGGAGACCGAGGAGCUUCAGUGUCAAGCCCCAUCCUCUGCUAACAGGAUGGGCUCGACACCUACAGCGCCAACAGAGGCGUGGUCUGGAGAAGUGCCUGGUCAGAUUGAUAGACAGGGGCAGGCCUCCUGCUACGAGGGUUCUGGCCGAGCCCCUCCCCUCGGACCACCUCCCUCUGUGGACACUCUUCCUGACAAGGACGGACCAGUUUCCCCUGGCACCAUUUUCCCCCAACUGCAUCCUUCUGGCCCCGAAUCCGCCCACACCAACCAGCUGUCAGUCAAACGUGAGAACAGCUACGUGCCCUUUUGCUACUCUGGCAACCUGCAAGGAGCCAAGUCCAUCUGCUCAGGAGACAAGCCGUACCGCUGCAACGUGUGUGGAGCUCAGUUCAACCGGCCAGCCAACCUGAAAACUCACUCCCGCAUUCAUUCUGGGGAGAAACCUUAUCGCUGUGACACCUGUGGUGCACGCUUUGUUCAGGUUGCCCACCUCAGGGCCCACGUCCUGAUCCACACCGGGGAGAAGCCCUAUCCCUGCCACACCUGCGGGACCCGCUUCCGCCACCUGCAGACCCUGAAGAGCCACCUGCGCAUCCACACCGGAGAGAAACCUUACUCAUGUGAGAAAUGUGACCUCCAUUUCCGACACAAGAGCCAGCUGCGUCUGCACCUGCGGCAGAAACACGGAGCCGUCACCAACACCAAGAUCCGCUACAAAGUGCUAACAGAGCCCUACCAGCCCCUCCUGCAGGCCUGCUGAAGAGGACAUGAAUCCAAACAAGCUCUCAAAUAAGCAGCACUGAAAUAUGUCAAAUGAGCAAAC